CGUUUGAGCUGAUCCGAAAUCAUUCCCGGUGCAGUACCGCCCCGCGGCCACAGGGGCAGCAGACACCAAACAAGAGCGACGAAUAAGAACUUCCGGCCGCGCGGGUAAUUUGAGUGGAAACAGGCGCGAGCGUUAAGUCCGGUCAAUUCCUUUGCUUAACCUUCCCUGUGGGCGCGUGCGUCUCCACAGGUGUUUUGGUGACGGACGUCUGACUGCUUUCCCGCUCUGCUGGAGAACUGCCCUCUUUGCAGAUCCGACCCGUUCUUUGAGUUCUCCAGAGUCUGGAGGGGGCGGAGUCAUCAUGGAGUCCACAGAGAGCCGCUUUGCUCACCUGCUGCAGCCCAUCAGAGAACUGACCAAGAACUGGGAUGUGGACGUGGCGUCCCAGCUUAACGACUACCUGGACGAGCUGGAUGAGAUGUGCAUCACCUUCGACGGAGGAAAAACCCGACUGAACUUCGCUGAAGCUGCUUUGCUUAUUCAGGGCUCGGCCUGCAUCUACAGCAAGAAGGUGGAGCUGCUGCAUCAUCUGGUUUUUCAGACGCUGGAGUUCAUCAGUGAAAAAAACAAGAAGCGGAGCCAGGAGGCGGAGACUGAGAAGAGCGGCGGAAGCAGAAUGACGAGCAACAGGGACGAUGAUGGCCAGGAUAUGUUCAGCCCUCUGGACCUGGAUCAGUCACAGAACUGGCAUCAGUCUGGUCUGAGUACGACCGUGGUCGUCACUCCUCUUCCUCCCGAGUCUCUGAUUCCUCCAGAAAGCCAGGAGAAGCAGAAGCUGCCCCUCAUCAGUGUGAAGGGGGAGGUGCUGUGCAGCCAGAGGGACUUUCGGAUUAACCUGUUCUUCCCGGGGGAGGGGGGCGUGGUCUUACUGAGGCUGCGCUCUGCGCUGGAGCUGGACCUGCAUCCCGCCAACUUCUUGCAUCAGGAUUCCUCUGUUGAUGCCUCCAUGGGUGCAGACGUGCCCCCUGAGGCAGGAGAAGACUGCCGUCCAGAAGACAGAAGUGACCAGGACCCAGAGCAGCAUGUGGACCGGCACCAGGCUGGGAGCGGCGUCCGAGAGAAACGGCAGAUCUUUGCUGAGGAAAGACCCCAGCAGGAUGCCCCGCCUCCAGUGAACGUCUGGACGCUCCACGACCCCUACGCUGUCCUCGCCCACGACAAGCCCUUCAGGAUGGGGAGGUGCUACAGGGUUCCACACGGUCUGGAUGAAGGAGGAAAGAGGAAGAGGAGGUGCCCUUGUCCUCUGCAGGACUUCAGGAGCUGGUUCAGAGGAACCUCUGGUCCUAUGGAGAACAAGCUAAAAGGUGGACCCACCUUCACAGACCUGAACUACAUCUACCUGAAGUCACUGAAGGACAAGAUCCGGACCAGGAGGAGGCUCAAUCGCAGAGUGGGUCUGGUGAUGUCAGAGGAUGAGCUGAGGAGAACCUUGCUGCAGCCACAGGAGGUGGGGCUGCAGCAGGAGGGGGAUGAGCCUGCAGACGCCUUCAGGGACGCUGACAUGUUUGGAGAGCACGACCUCUCAGAGGAAGAGUCUCCUGAAGAUCCUGCAGACUUUGCUGGAGGAGCUCAGCACAUUGCAGAUCAGGCGGAUGAGCUGUCCUACGAAGACCUGGUGAAGCUGCAGGUGGAGCAGCUGGUGGCCCACAGUCGAGGUUACAUUCAGGAGUCGGCUCUGUCCCGCAGAGUCAAGGACUGGGAGGACCAUAUUGGACCAGAGCUGCUGCUGCAGGAGCAGCGUCCUCCCUUCAGCAUCCGCGAGUACGGAGACCGCAUCACGGGCGCGCUGAGCGGCGUGGGAUGCUGCCGGACGUUCUCCUCCCUCGUUCAGGGUCAGGACAACUUGGAGGUCUGCAAGUUCCUGCUGGCUUCACUGCAGCUGGCCAACGAUUAUACGGUGGAGAUCCAGAGUUCUGCAGGUCUGGAGGAGAGCCUGGACACCAUGAGUCUGACCCUGCUCAGCACCCACAGAGCCACGGACCGCUUCCAGAACCUGCAGGCGUCCAGCUGAUCCUGACUGAGUGGUGUGAGGACCUGGACGACCACCGGACCGCCCCAGCAGCUCCGCCUGCACUGUUUUGUUUGUAGUGUAACCUGACCGUCUAAUAAACCGUAGAGACCUGAGGAACCACGAA